AUGCGGCGUGUAGGCCCCGGCUUCAACCCGACCAAGUCUGCCUUCAUCUGUUGCAUGCAGUGCACCACCCGGCAGGUGGUUGAGCUCAAUUGCCACAUGUGUGACAAAGACAAGGGCAUCGACAAAUUCUUCAAGGCACAGCGUCGUAACCCCGACGAAGCCAUUUGCAUCUCAUGCCAGCAAGACAAGGACAAUUACGAGCCAGGCGCCAUCUCUUCGGACGAGUCUCGUGGCGGUGGCGAUGAUGACGAGGAUAGCGGCGACGACAGAGAUGAUUACAGCCUCAUGACUGACGACAUGUCGUCCAUGUCCGUCAGCGGCAACGGUACCUAUCCCCCCGCUCGGUCCAGCACCACUGGUGGCGGCGGCGUCGCUCUAAGAAACAACACUGGCUCUUCCUCUGCCAUGCCUUCAACCGGUGCCUCCGCUUCCAACAUCGGCUCCGCCACCUCCAAUGCCACUUCUCGAGCUGCGCCAUCUCACGCAUCCGCUGCGAGGAUGACUGAUCGCUAUGGCACAGCGCCUACUCGUGCCAUUCCUUCUGUCGCCGGCGCCACUAGCUCGACCAAAGGCUCGGGCGACUGGGCCAAGCCAAAGACCGUCCAGCGCAAGGUCCAGUAUGACGUUGCCCAGAAAGAGCGUGAGGAGCGGAAGGCAAAGGAGAAUGCCGACGAUGAUGAGAAGGAGUUCUGCGGCGGCGACUCUGACUCGGAUUGA